AUGGCGGUUUAUUUGACUCCACGGUUCAGGAAGCUCCGGAGUCAGAGCGAGCUAGAGCCGCGUCGGGGGAGCGCGCGACGACGAGAUUGUGAUGGUCCUUUUCAAGCAACUCAGCUGUGGAAUAGUAUCAUUCAUGCUCUUCACAGUCAAGUGGAAAUCAAAAGACGUAGACAACAUCUGAAAACAUAUAAAAACUGUUUCACUGGUUCAAAUGCUGUCGAUGUGGUACUAAGCCAUCUUAUGCAAAGCAUGUACCUAAGCUGCAAUGAUAUUUCUCGGCUGAAGGGAGUCCGUGUGUGCCAAGCAUUGAUGGAUCACAAGGUGUUUGAGCCAGUUGGAGCAAAGCUUUACUUAUUCAAGAAUGAGAAAGAAACAGAGUUUGAAGACACAAACACUAGUCUCUAUAAAUUUGUAAAUAGCAGUCUUACUCCUCUUCUUCCGAGAAAGAAUAAAGACAAUGAGAACUUGUCUCCUGAGCAAAUCUGCAAACAGAAGACAAAAAGAUGUUCCAACAGAGUAAAGUGUGAAACAACACUUUCAAACCCCUUAGCAUUAGAAGCAGCUGAUAAAAAGAGGGUAGAGGAGCUUCUUCGAUCAAUAAAUGUUCAUGCAUCUUUACCUCCAAAGAUCAUGGUUAAUGAACCAACUCAUCUGCUUUCAAAAAGAGUAAUAGAAGAUAUCUGGAAACAGCAAACUCUGCUACGGCUGCUGCAGUUAAUUGAUGUUCCAUUCCUAGAAGAUAUCUUGGUGUCUUCAGUGAAGACAAAACCAGACUGUUUUGGCAAAGAAGAAGACCUGAUUAUCUCAAAUACUUUUCUGGACAGAGAGGUUACAUGUAGCUUAAACUUGCCUGAGCUUGACAAAUGGCUCUAUGCUGCAGUUGAAUGCUUGGAGUAUUUCCCAGACCAGUUCAUAGUGAUGGUUAGUCAGCAGUUAUCUCAAAGCACUAACAAACCAAGCAGUCUGAAUUCAUACAAGAAGAUUCUUUUUGACAUUAUAAUAAAGUAUUAUAGUCAAAAAAAGGACUCUCUUCUUACCACUCAGGAUCUCGAUAUUCAUUCAGGAAUUAUAGAACUUAUAGAAAAAGGAAAAACAGAUCAAGCUCUAGAGGCAUCGCAACUUUAUUUAAAAUUAUUAGCACCAAAUAUCCGAGAAGAAAUACAUAGACUCCUGACAUUCAUAGCCAUUGCAUCCGAAUCGGAGGGCUACAAAUUACAAAGACAAUUUGAUAACAGGUCAGUGAUCAUUAAGACUUGCACAAAGUUCAUCUUACAAAAUAAGACCUUGUCAAAACCACAGGCAGAACUGCUGACUCAGUUUCUGAUGGACAAUCACUCCGAGCUCUUCAAGACUCCUUUAACUCUUCUGGAACUAACUAGUAGGAGACUUGAGAGUUUGCUAGAAGGACAAGAUCCAGAUAUCGAUUCAGGCUUCACCUUCUGUCAGCGCGUGACAACUAAAGAAUACGAAGAUCAAAAACAACAAACAAAUCAGUAUCUUCUUGCAUUGGUUCAAGAGAUAGACAGUGACCCCGCUAUUCCUCUGAAGCAGAAGAAAAAAUUAAUUAAAGAACUCCAAAAAUACCAUUCUCUCAUCUAUUGUAGUGGUUGUAAAGCUACAUGUGAAUUUUGUACUCUCUCUGGCUAGAUGUCCAUACAGCCUUUUUAAAUUUUUUUUUUUUAAAAAAAGGAGGGGAUGCAUAUGAAAAUUGCUCAUGAUACAAACCAUUUUCUUAUGUCCUUACAUCUUUGGUUACAGAAAACUACAAAUUACACUGCUGAUAAAAAGCAUUAAUUCUAAUUAAUGACUCUUUUAAGACAUAAGUACUUAAUUACUUUUAAGUUAGUAAUAAUGGCACACUGCUUGUGCUGCUUUGAGUUCAGGGUUUGGCACUUUUUUCCUUCUGUCCCACAACCCCAUGGCUUUCUAGCUGAGCUAAGUCUACAUUUGGAGCCAUGCUUGGAUUGAGAUCCAGUAAGGUUUUUCAUCUUUUCUAUCUGUAGUUCGUAAUCUAAUCUUAAACUAUAGAUUAUGACUCCUGUGCGUAUUGUAAAAGUGUAGAAAGUGUGUCAAAAAUCUUAGGAGCAGGUCAGUGGGUUUUCAGUCUGUGGCAGGCAAGAUCAUUAGGCAGGGGAGCUGUUUGUGCUCGCAGUUAGUGAUUACAGCCUGUUACUCCUUCCCCACUCUGGCAGACAAGCUGCUGCUAAUCUGGCAGUUAGGCAAAAGCAAGUAAAAACAUUUACAUUUAAAAAAAAAACCUUGAGGAAUAAUAAUCUUGUUUUAGAUCUCUUGGUGUACUUAACCAAUUUAUUUUAACAUGAGGAUACUUUGAUAGUGUCCAGUUAUUUGUCAUAAAUACUUUGACAGUGUUUCUGGAUUCAUAGGGCAAAGCUAGAAAGCACGUUGGCCUGUUUUGACAUGUCGAUGGUUAACUGUACACUGACAAGGAAAUGUUGAUUUAAAUCAUUAAAUAAAUAUGCAAUAUAAUGUGUUAGGGGUUAAAUUACUUCUUCCAUCCUCAUGACAGACAUUUGAUCGUGUAUUGAACACAGAAACAGAGAAUUGAGAUUGGAAGGGACCUCUGGUCUAGUGGAGUCAAUUAGUACGGGCUGCUCAGGGCCUUUUCCAGUUGAGUUUAGAAUAUCUCCAAGGACAGAGAUGCCACAACCUCUCAGGUGAGUCUGGUCCAGAGUUUGACCAGCCUCACAGUAGUUAAAAAAAACUCCACCAAACAAACAAAACCCAACCACCUUAUGUUUAGGUAGAAUUUCUUGCAUUUCUGUCUGUGCCCAUUGCCUGCUGCCCUUCCAGUGGGCAGCACUGAGAAGUGUCUGGCUUGGUUGUCUUUACUCCCUCCCCUGAGCUUGUCUUCUCAAGGCUGAACAAUCGGAGCCUCUCCCUUGUAUGGCAGGUGCUCCAAUCCCUUAUCAUUUUCAUGGCCCCUUUGCUGGACUAGUUACACUAUGACCAUGGCUUUUUUUAUUGUGAAUAUACUUCUUUAGGUAUCUACAUCCUCAACUGUUCUCCAAACGUGUGGUCAAGUUACCAGAAUACCAAAGCUUUCUGAAAACAAGUGCUGUUUUCUUUUCUUUUAUAAAUUGAAAUGGUUACACUGUUAGAUAUAACCAGCUAUGUGCCCAGGUAAUAGGUUGUGUUAACCUGCAUAUUUCAAGCAGCCUUAUUUAAAUGACCUGGCCCUAUUAGAAAUCAGGGAAUGUAGCUGAAAUCUCUGUCCAUGUGUCCCUGUUUAUGCCCUUGUUAUUUAUUGAACAGUGACUGUCCAGUGUAAAAUAAAUAAUUUCUGGAGGAGGAAAAAAGACGAAGUUUCACCUUUCAGAGGUGAAUGCCUUAAUUAUGAGACUACAGAGCCAUGUAUUAUUUUUCUAGCCCUUUGGCUCCCAGAAGAGGAAGCUGGUACAGAAGUAAAUUAUUGAAAAUUGUAAACAGGAGAGUAUUUCCUGAUUAAGUGUUUCUGGUGUUGAGUAGUGGGAGAGGGGGAUUUUAGUUUGGUGGUUUGUGGGUUUUUUCCUCUCUCUCUUCAGUCCCUUUACUGGGUCUCACUCAAAAUACUGAACCUGAUAACAGGGAGGGGUGAUAACAUGGUAAUUUGUAGGCUAGAUGGACUGGGAAUUGCUUUGGGAAAAACUGUAUUUUUAAAAAACAAGUGAUUGCACUUUGUGACUUGAGUAGAAUUUUCUUGUGCUAAUUUAAA